GCCACGUCCUCUUGGUCCGGUUCCUCGCCACCAAUCUGUAUCGCCUGUUGCCCCGCGGAGUCACGCCAAGCUCAUCCAUCCACACACACAAAUCUUCAAAGAUAAGAAAUAAUAAUAGAAUAGUUUUGCAGUAUUUUAUUUUUCCUCUGGGGAAAUUAUCUUCGUGGUUUGAUGGCAAUAAGCUCCUCUUGUUUUAGUAAUGUUGGAUGGAGUCCCAUUUCGUAUCCAGGCGCAAACACUGGAAAAUCUCUCUGCUUCAGGCAUGGUCCAGUGGGUUUAGCUUCCUCAAAGGAGGAAACUCCCAGGCCCUCGCUUCGUAUCUCGGCAAAUUCAGUCCAGAGAGCCCGAUUCAUUGCUCGGCGUAAAGAGUCUGUUUCGGUUCGCCAACUCCAACGGCCUCUAGUUGAGUAUAUGAGCUUGCCCGCGAGUCAGUACUCGGUGUUGGAUGCGGAACGGAUUGAGAGGGUGGAUGAAAACACGUUUAGGUGUUAUGUGUAUAGGAUUAAAUUCUUCUCGUUCGAGGUUUGCCCCGUUUUGCUUGUCAGAGUAGAAGAGCAGCCCGAUGGGUGUUGCAUUAGGCUCUUGUCCUGCAAGCUUGAGGGUUCGCCGAUUGUUGCUGCACAGAAUGACAAAUUUGACGCUUCUAUGGUGAACCAAAUAUCAUGUGAGAGCAACAAAAGCAACUCGUUGGUGCAACAACUGACCUCAGAUACUGUCAUUGAGGUUGGCAUUGAGGUUCCUUUGGCAUUUCGUGCAAUUCCAGUGCAAGCAAUUGAAUCAACUGGCACCCAAGUCCUUGAGCAAAUACUACGGAUUAUGCUACCCCGGUUUAUGGCACAGCUUGUGAAGGACUAUCAAGCAUGGGCUUCUGGUGAUGCUUCAAGGCAGCCUCUUGGGACAGGUCAGAUUUGAGAUUAUGUAUAACAGCCCUUGCCGGUGCCCGGAUUCAUCAUAUGUUUAUAUUGUCUACCAUUUUCACUGUUCCCUAGCUUGUAUUCAGGAGGAAACAAUCAAUUAAACUAUAUCUAGGAAGUUAUUUUAUCCAACUUAUUGCUGUAGACUGUUACCAGUUCAUCUGUAAGUGGCUUUUCUGAUGGCUUGGGUCGCGUGCGAUCAAUUCUUUACUUUGCUCUUUAAGGUUGUACUCGGUAUGCAGAAAUUAUCUUUUGAAUC